AUGCGUUCCCAGAGAAAAAUCUGUUCUUCUCUUGUCUUGAAGAAGGAUGCUAGAAAUCUAAUGAGGAAAAAUGAGAAGUAUGCAUGGGGCCAUGAGAGUGAGUGGCAGACUAAAGUGGACUGGCUUGAGAUUCAAGCGAAUAUAUUGACCCCAGCACAGAUCAAAUCAAUCUGCCAGGCAAUCCUGGAAUCAGGGAAGCAAUAUGCAGCGAAGAAGAGGAAACCAUUUCCCUUAAUGUAUUCUUAUUAUGGAACAGAAUACUUAGGUGCUGCUCAUGGUCUAUCUUCCAUUCUCCAGAUGCUUCUCUCUUACCACGAGCACCUCCAACCAGCUGAUCGGGAGUUGGUCUGGCAGAGUGUCGACUUCCUCAUGGAACAGGAACAAAAUUGCAACUGGCCUCCGGAGCUAGGAGAAAUGAUUGAGAGGGAAAACGAGCUGGUCCACUGGUGUCACGGAGCUCCAGGAAUUGCCUACCUAUUUGCCAAAGCAUACUUGGUUUCCAAGAAACCUCAGUAUCUGGACACUUGUAUACGGUGUGGGGAGCUCACUUGGCGAAAAGGCCUGUUGAAGAAAGGACCUGGGAUCUGUCAUGGUGUGGCUGGGAGUGCCUAUGUAUUUCUUCUGCUGUAUAGGUUGACUGGAAACUCCAAAUAUAUCUACAGAGCACAAAGGUUUGCUGAGUUUUUGUUUACAGAAGAGUUCAAAGCAGGUUCCCGGGUAUUGGAGAGCAUCUACAGUCUGUAUGAAGGCUUUUCUGGGACUGUGUGCUUCCUGAUUGACUUGCUACAGCCCAGCCAGGCUGAAUUCCCUCUCUUCAGUGUCUUUGUUUAG